AUGGGAAACUCAAACUUUAGAAGUGACUCUUGCAGCGACGGCACUAACGCAGGGUCAGGUGGUGCCAAGGAAAAACACCUUAAAUCAACCCCUACCCUUCCUAUUGUUGAUGGGUCUUCCACAGCAAGCAACCAUGCUUUCUUGAAAGCGGAGAAAUCUAUGAGUAGAUCUGCAUCAGGCGCGGAUGUUACGGAGAAGUAUUUGACACAAUUCGUACCAAUUGAAAAGUUAUCCGAAAUACUUAAGGAGAAAUCAGCCAAGCAUAGUGUCAAUGGCAUAGUUGCGGACGUAUUUGUGUCGCAAGUAUUUCCUCAAUAUGCUGAUUUAGGUAAACGACUUUUUCGACUAAUGCAUUCAGCAUCGAAAGCUACAACUGCCUAUCUUGGUACUGUAGCAUUCCGCCAACAAUGCGAACGAUUUCUUGGCAUAAUGGAUGAUGACAAAACUUUGGAAUGUUAUAUAAAAAUGUUUGCAGAAGAGGACAAUCCAGAUUUUAUUACUAAAGAAGGAGUGACCCGCUUACUUUUCACGUGCUAUACUAUAGCUAUGCAACACUCCGGCAACGCAAUAUUAUGCCCAGCGAUCAAUCGAACCUUCGGUUCGGUGACCAAAUCAAUAUUUUUUAGCCACGACAAUCUAAGUGUAGGCUUUGUUUGUCGUUGGUUUGAACAGAAUCUUAUUCGUUUGGUCGCGUUGGUGCAUAAAUAUUGUGUACAUACAUUGUCAACUGCUUAUAGAGGUCUUGAACAACAUAAUCAAUCAUGCGGCAUUGAACUACAAACACCAGUGUUGGAACAACGUAAUCCAUUUCCUGAUGCAGCCGGCAGAGAUACUGGUAAUUCAAAAUACGAGUCCUUAAUGCCAUUAUCACAAGCGUGGCUAUUGGCAGGCGCCCUUCCACCACUUUACUCCAAACCGCAGACCAUCCAAUCUCCAAACGCUAAUAAGUCAUCUGCAGCGCAAAUUUUCAAAGAUAAACUUUCCAUGAUGCCAUCACAUUGGGCUUUAUUAUAUGACUCGAAUGAACAUGGGUUGGGUGCUAAUCGGUUUCUGCACCAUGUUCUUGGCUACCGCGGACCAACACUUGUUUUAAUACACACCAAGGACGACCAGACUUAUUGCAUUGCCUCGCCAACUGAAUGGAAAGAAACGCAUUUGUAUACGGGAGGGGAAGGUAGUUGCAUUCUUCAACUUUUUCCAAAGUUUGUGAUAUUGGAGAAGAAGUCCAAUAUUUUGUAUUUAAAUACAAGCAUACGUGGUUAUCCUAAGGGACUUCGUGCUGGAUCAGAUCCCAGAAAACCAGUUAUUGCUGUAGACGAACAUUUUGAAAAUGUGGAUUGCAAAGGAUUAGCAGCAGAACUGAUAGCGAUCGAG